AUGAGCCAAUCGCAGCACAGUCGCAAGAGGUCUGCCUCUGCCAUGUCCUUGAGUGACAACUCGGACGCCGACCUUUUUCAUUUACCCAGAGACUCUAUCAAUCCUCUCAGUCACACAGCUUCUGUCCUUCAUCAACUUCGUCUCGCUGGCCUAUCGGAGACAGACCAACCACCAUCACGAGAGCAGCCUAAAUUUCCGCACCGCGCGUGGCAAAACCCAGACGUGCCAACGAGGCAUGGUGUCACCGUUGCCGCCAGUGCAAAGCCGCUAGAAAGCGAUAGCGAUGAGCAGGAGCAAAGAGAUCUGGAUGAGGAGAGAAAGCCUCGCUCCCGAAAGAAGGAUGGUGAGAAGAAGGCGAGAUACGCCUCAGAGAAACAGCAGUUCAGGCCCUUGGUCAGAGCAAUCUACGGAUUUUUGGACAAAGGAGACGUGGCCAACGCCAAACGUGCGUUUGGUAUUCUUGUGAGGUCGCAUGUGUAUGGCAAGCCUGUCGAUAUCAGGCGUAACAAUUACUGGGCACUGGGUGCUGAGAUACUGAUGCGCGAGGGUGAUGGCAGAGAAAGCAGAGCAGAUGAGAGCCAAGAAGUAGAAGCAUAUCCGGCCGAAAACAUACUACGAGUGCGCGAAUACUUCCAAGAUCUUAUCCAGCGGUAUCCUUACAAUUUCAAAUACCGCAAUGCAGUCUCGGCUGUUGACUUUUGGCCCGCGCUCCUGAGUUACGAGGUCUAUCAAGUGCACACUCAACAGACGGCGUCCCUGCGCCGGCUGGAGCGCGAGGUGGAAGACUGGGAAGAUGACUCCUGGCAGGAGCCUCAUCCGGGUAGUGGGAUUGAUGAAAUGAUGGAUGACACCGAUAUGAAAGCGGAAAUACCCGUCUGGCAAGCAGACGCGCGGGAUAGGCGGUUGCGCCAGGCGAGAGACCUGAUUCGUGUGCGAACGCUGGAUGGCCUGCGACAGGUGGCUAGCCGCAUGGAUGAUUUGCUUGAGGACCGGCCCUACUCGACCAAACCCGAACUCUUAAGGUUAAGGGGAAUGGUGUCCUUGUAUAUGGGCGACUUACUCAUCCCAGCUUGCGCGCAAACAGAGGGACAGAUGGCAGAGGCCAAGGUUCGGCGUGAAGCAGAGAGGAACAAUGCACUAAGCAGUUUCCAGAGGAUGAUUGAAUAUGGCGGUCGACCUGAUGCUUUUGUUCAGGGGAUAUUGGCCCCUACGGAGGAAGAUACCGGCCCCCUAUUGCCCAUAUUUUCCUCAUUACCUAUCAGAGAGUACCGAACAGCAAGCUAG